CUGCUGGCCACAACUAGGUGAUCUGCAUUCGACUGGGUAAAUGGAAAGCCAAGAUCCUAUUGAACAGUCUCUCAAUCGACUUAAUCUCAGCGACAAUCAAAAGCUGAAGGAGAGAGCGCAAUACUUUUAUUCACAAUGCAGCAAGGUGCCACCGAGAGUCUUCAGCAAAGGAAUGAAUGCACGACCCAUUAUAAGCAUUCACCUCGCAUGUGAAAGUUUGGGUAUAUCAGACUUUGACCAGACUAUAGCUACCCGACUUGCCAUGUGCACACCACCUACGUACGCGAAUACCUUGAAUGGAGUCAGAAAAUGUCUGAAUAUACAACCAAAAGUGACGAUAAAGACGAUAGGAGUUGCAUUAGGUUGCACUUCCAUGAUACCAUAUGUUGAAAAAUUCUUCGAAGAGUUCCAGGCACGCUACCUGGAAUCACUCUCUGCUGCAAAGAGAAUCGCAGCUGGCGAAGAUCUGGAGCUUGCUAGCUGGAAAGCCAGUGCCUUUUAUAUCUGUUCAAAGGCUCUAGGUGCUAAACUAGACAAGGAAUCACUUUCCAAGUUAUGCUCUUGUACAUCUCUGGAUUUGACGCGGGUCGCCAAAAUCAUGGAUGAACACUGCAAAGAUUUGAUUGUACAGCUUAAAAAAGAAAACACCCUGUCAGCUAGACCAUCUCGCAAGAAAAAGACAAAUGAUGAUGGACAAGAAGAAGAGGAUGAGGCUAAGAAGAAGCGACAUCUCAAACGACAGCGCACCAAGAGUGACUUGAGUACAAAAGAGGACAAGGAAGAAAAUCCAACAGAAUCGCAGGCCAGAAAAAAGUCGAAGGUGGAUGAACAGCCAACAGAUAAUGGGAAAACGAAGGAAAGCAGGUCAGAGAAAGCAUCCAUUAUUCCAGAGAAGCGAAAGGCUCCUGUCUCUGGAAUCGUCUCUAUGAUACCUGGCCAGCACUAUAAGGACACGAAGCGGUACCGUGAUUAUGUAGAAUGGCGUGAAGCCAAAAUCAAAGCCAUCCGUUCAGUGUGACAGUGAAAUUUUGGCCAAUGAAAAAAUAUUUUUUUUUUCGAUUGUUUGAUACAUUCUCUCUUUGCAUUCAAAUAAACAAUGGAAAACUCUGAAGGCAGACUCGUCGACUUGUACAUCCCUCGCAAGUGGUGAGUUUAUAUUCAAAAGUUAUGAAUGUUGCCCCGAGCAAUGCAAUCGCGAUCGC